AUGCCAAGGCCACCACCCAUCCCUCCAGUACAAACUGUAAUUACAGUGGAUCUAUGGUAUUGGUGUGGAAUUUAUGGUGGUCCAGUUGAGAUGGAUUCGGAUGAGAACCAUUUUCAAAUCGCAUGGAAUCUAGGAUUUAGUCGAAAAGGUCUUGAAAUUCCAGAAUCGAAGGGUAAAAAGGUUAAAGAUGAAGGCUCAUCAAAUUCAGAGAAAGCUUCUUUGAUUGAUAAGUUGAUGAAGGAUGCUAAGGGUCUAUGCCAAGAUUUCAAGUACACAAGGAUGAAAAAUGAUGAAACCUUGUCUGUGUAUCUCACUCGUCUUCUCGAGCUGAAAUUGCUCAUAAGCUUGACCAAAGAAUUUGAUCCUGUUUGCUAUGUGAUUGAACAAACUAAGGACAUUGAAAGUAUUGAGGUGCAAGAGGUUAUUGCUGCAUUGAGAGGAUUUGCACAGCGCCUUGAUAGGCAUGCUGAGAGUACCAUUAAGAGAGCUUUCAGUAGUAUGAGUGUGAAUCCAAGGGGAACUCAGUCAAAUUCCUCUUUUGGUGGCAAGUAUGACCAAGGAGGAAAACCUGAUCAGGCUAAGGGAAAAUGCAAGCAUUGUGAUAAGCUACACUAUGGUGAUUGUUGGUUUAAAGGGAAGCCAAAAUGCCAUGGUUGCAAUCGAUUUGGUCACUUCAUCAAGGACUGUGAUAAACCAAACAAGGCUGGAAAGCUUGUAAAUUUUGCCAAUCAGUGUAGAGUUAAAAUGGUUACUGGAGAUUUAAUGCAGUCAAUAGGCAAAGGUACCUUGGUUAUAGAAAUGAAGGGUGUGACUAGAUAUAUUAAAGAGGUUAUGAUUGUACCUGGAUUGGAUGAGAAUUUGUUGAGUGUAGGGCAGAUGGUAAAGCAUGGAUAUUGGCUUGUGUUUGGUGAUUACAUGGUUGAUAUAUAUAUGGAGAUAGACAGAUGGAAGAUUUGA